AUGGUCUCUAACCACAAUAAUAAAAAGACGGGAUGUUUGCCAACAGAUAUCUGGGAAAAUACAGUUUCUGAAUGGGCAGCGUGGGUCCGUGGGAUUCGUGAGGCAGAAUUAAACACCACAUUGGCGUUUGCUAUUAUAUGCGUAUUGGUGGUUAUUGUUGGAAAUGUCAUUCUUCUCAUUUCCCUAAACUUUUGGCUCAGUAUUUUUCCAGUAGAAGAAGCUUCUACCAACUCCAGUCAAAUGGCUGUACAAGUUAUUGUUUCUUGUUUUCUUUGUAUGUGUUUUACUAUUGUUGGGGUAACUUAUCUUGUAAUGUUUGGCUUUCGACCACUCUGGCGAGCAUUAGUAGAUACCAAUCGUGUACGUGGACCUUUAUAUAGAUUGUUAUUACUAUUUGCCUCCGGUUCUACGAAUGCUCUUACCGGUGUAUUGGGCGUUUAUUCCAUGUCUCACACACCAGAGUUUUUACAAGCUGUACUUCUCAGUGUUAUUCCAUUCUGUGCACAAGUUUGGACCUAUUUACUUGUUGUAGAAGAACGUAAACGACGUUAUCUUUCUCUUACUCUUAUCGGAUCUUUUAUUUUCUGUAUUGCAGGUGUACUUCUUUCAUCCAUGUCCAGUUUUAUGGAUACUGCGGAGACUGGGCGAGCCGCACCGUGGAAUUGGGCUCUUGUUUAUCUUGCCAGUGCUGUUGUUUUUGGUUUAUGGUGUGUUGUACAGAGAUUGUAUUUAGAUGCUAUUAUGAUUCGGCAUCAUUUACCCGUAUUCACAACACCAUCAUCAGUUGCAGUAAACACUACAGCAACAACAACAGAAGGAGGAAUUGAUACAGCAAGAAGAUAUGAUGAAAGAAGAGUGGUUUCUUUUGAAAGGGAUCCUACACAAACACAUUUACCUGAUACUUCAUAUAAUGAUAAUGAUAAUUUGGAGCAUGUAGGAAUUGGAGAAAAUACAGAAAUAGGUUUAUCAGAGCCUUUAUUGGUUUCUCAGCGUGAAUGGGGAAAACAGAAUGUGGAUGAUCUUGCUGCUAAGACUGUUUUACUUUUAUGUGGUAUUAUAUUUCAAGCACUUGUAUCCUUUGCUCUUUUUCCAGUGGAUGCUAUUCCCUGGUUUGGUACAUCCUCCUCUGUUUCUGAAGCCUGGAGUGGAUUUAAGAAAUCCUGUGAUUUUAUCUUUGAUUCUUGGAUAAAUGUACGGUAUGGGAUGCUCCACACACUUGGUUUCUUUAUGAGUUUUGUCGGUUGUUCCUAUUUAAAUGAACGAUCCCCAACACUUGCCUCUGUUGUUCUGCAGAUGGCUGGUCCAAUUACUGGGGUUGUAUUAAUUAUUGUACCCAAGUGGGAUGUGUAUGGAGUUCAUGGUAUUGUUGGACAUAAAGUGGGUGGUGUUAUUCUUCUCUUGAUUGCAGGUUUAUUUUAUCAUGUUUGGGAUCAAACCUCACUAAAGGAAAUGCUCGAUCAAGAGAAGGAGCGACAAGAAGAGGAAUACAAUAGAGCUCAGCAACAUCAGGAGGAGACAACACCAGAAGUGAUGAAUGUAGGGGAGAAGACGACAUGUCAAGAAGUGUAA